AUGCAGAGGGGUUUCCAGGCAGGCCUCCUGCUCCUGCUUGUCCAACUGUUCCAGGAGGGUCCGGGAAACAUCCCAGCCAUCACCCUGGCUGUCCUGGGAUUCAAUGUGUACCUGUACGUGUUUCCUCCUGCUCCACCACUGAAGGUAACUCCCCACUGGGUCUUGUUUGCGCUGAAGAUCGUCAAUAACCACUUCAACCCCGGUGGUGUGACGUACGUGAUGAAUAUUCGGGUGUCCAAUCGCUUUGCUAGCUGGGUGGAGCUGGUGCUCAUCUAUCUAAUCGCUCCUGGGACCUCUCUGGUUGGCCACCUGGCAGGUGUCCUGGUGGGUCUGCUCUACACUGUGGGUCCACUGAAGACCAUCAUGGAGGCAUGUGCAGAUAUGAUAUCUUCAGAUGGAGUUUCUUCACGCCAGCGUUCAUACUACAGCUCUUCAGGCUACAGCGGGACCAGACGAGAAUACUUUGAAGAGCCACGACCUGCGGAGGAUCACACAUCUGAUUAUUCUGAGAACUACAUCUCAGGACUGACGGAGGAGGAGCAGAUAGAGCUGGCAAUCAGAAACAGUCUGAAACAUCGAGAACAAACCAGGCGAAGAGAAACUGAACAUCACCCAGGAGACUCUGAGGAUCUCAGGAGGAGGCGGCUGAGGAGGUUUGAGCAGGAAGUUACCAACCAGAGAAGAAGAUUGUAAUGACGGAUUUUUAUUUUCCAUUUUUGUUUUUUUUUUUCAUUUUCACUGGUUUAACUGGGAAGAUGU